AUGAAGACCGUGCAAGACCCACAAACUCUCUUCGGCAAACUGAUUCCCUUCCGGCACGGAAAACUUGUGCGGCGCUGGGCUAUUGAACUUGCGAAGGACGAGUUCUACUACUCGCUAGGCACCCAUAGAGAUUGUGAUGUAGUGAUACGCGGCUGGCGGUUGGUCGAGCCGUAUCACUGUCGCAUAGAGUUUGACCCCGAUCUCGGUGUUGUGAGAAUCACGAAUCGUAGUAGGUUGGGUGGCACCUGGGUGAAUGGUGCCUUGGUCUCCACGCCCGAGGGUAUUCUAUUGAGGAAUAAUGACAAGGUCAGCCUUGGUGCACCUAUGCUUGUCAAUGAGUCCCGAGUCUUCGUAUUCGAGAGCUCCACGACCAACAGCAAAUGCCUAGAAGAGGGGUAUGUCGUUGAUUGGCAUAGACCUAUCGGAUCUGGGGCAUCCUGUGCGGUCUGGAAGGCACGCAAGCGCAUGGGUUACGGCCCGAAGGCUUACCGGGCUGUCAAGAUACUGCACUGCGAAGCAGAUGACACCGUUCGCAAAGCCUACAUCACAAACGAAAUCAAGCUCGCGACAUUACUCGUACACCCAAACAUCUGUACAUUCUACGAGGCUUUGCAAGAUCCUCAAUCGGGAAAGACAUGUCUCAUUCUCGAACUCAGCCUGAACGGUAAUCUUGAAAGAUACGUCGGGCAACAUCGUCUGAGUCAUAGUCAGCGAGGAAUAGAUGCACUCGAAGCGCGACAUCUUACCGAACAGCUCUGCAGUGCAGUCUCCUACAUGCAUUCUCUGUCUGUUGUACACCGUGACCUCAAACCAGCCAAUAUCCUCGUCACUUCGGUGCCAAAAUCCGAUUGGCCGGUCAUCAAAAUUACGGACUUCGGUCUAUCCAAGCAGAUCACUCAUGGGGCGCCUCUCAAGACUAUCUGUGGCACACCGGCAUAUGCCGCCCCCGAGGUUGUCCAAUGCUCCUAUGGCUCGGCUGUAGAUUCUUGGAGCGUCGGCGCCAUCGUAGUAUACAUGUGA